ACCAUCACACCCUUUUCUUUCUCUGGAAAAGCUCAUAACUUUUCUCCUCUUUUCCUCUCAAAUCUGAAAUCUUGAAUCAGACCCUGUUUCCUGGGUCUUGUUUGGCGAGCGAGAAAACAUGUUGGUUGACAAGGAAGAUCUGGGUUUGAGUCUUAGCUUGAGUUUUCCUCAGAUUCACCAUUCUUUGCAGCUGAAUCUUUCAUCGUCUUCUCCGUCUGGGUUAACCCUUCAGAAACCUGCAUGGAACGACGCCACUCAUCGUUCCGAUCCCAACUCGGAAUCUAGCCGUGCGGACCCGAAAUCCUUUCUCAGGGGAAUCGACGUGAACAGACUUCCGGCGACGGCGGAUUGCGAGGAGGAAGCCGGAGUCUCGUCUCCAAACAGCACAAUAUCAAGUAUUAGUGGAAAGAGGAGCGAGAGAGACGGUAAUGGAGAGGACCACGAAAUCGACAGAGCCUGCUCUCGCGGCAUCAGCGACGAGGAAGACGGCGAUACUUCUAGAAAGAAGCUCCGUCUGUCCAAAGAUCAGUCCGCGGUUCUCGAGGACAGCUUCAAAGAACACAACACUCUCAACCCAAAGCAAAAGCUGGCUUUGGCGAAGCAGUUGGGGCUACGGCCCAGACAAGUAGAAGUAUGGUUCCAAAAUAGAAGGGCUAGGACAAAGCUGAAGCAGACGGAAGUCGACUGUGAAUUCCUGAAGAGAUGCUGUGAGAAUCUGACGGAGGAGAACCGGCGGCUGCAGAAGGAGGUGCAGGAGCUGAGGGCGCUGAAACUCUCCCCUCAGUUCUACAUGCAGAUGACUCCACCCACCACCCUCACCAUGUGCCCAUCCUGCGAGCGCGUCGCCGUCCCACCAUCCGCUUCAUCCACCGUUGAUCCCCGCCACAUGGGACCCACCCACCUCCGGUCCAUCCCCAUCAACCCUUGGGCCUCCGCCUCCGCAGCUGCAUCUCCCAUUCCGCACGCCUCGUUGCCGUUUGAUGCUCUCCGUCCUCGCUCGUGAUUAUGUUGGGUGGAUAAGGACAGUUUGGUCAUUGUAAAAACGUCACGUGUACGGAGCGUUUUAAAAGCGGUAGUAAUAGCGUACCAAUGGUCUAAGAUAUGGUGGUUAGAAUGCGAUUUGGUGGGUCACCAUGUUUUGUAUUAUUGACCCCUCUACUAAUCUUUUUAUUUUUUUCUAAGGUUGACACUAAAAUAUUUUAAAUUUGGUGUUAAUUAGUGCUAAUACCUCUUAUUUCCUUAAGGAAAGAGGACUUUUGAUUGUAAAAAGUUCAAUAUCUAAUUAUUAAAUUUGACUGAAAUUC